AUGACAUCUUCUGAUGAAGAUGUACCGUUACAGGAAUCACAUGUUCACCUCAAAACGCCAAAAUCAAAGCUUGCUAAAGCUAUGACUUGGAUGAAAUCAGCAACAUUAGAAGAAUAUUUUCGAUUAUUAGGCGGUAUAAUCGGUUCUAAUCCGUUAUCAUUUAUUAUAGCAGGAGCUAUAUUAUGUGGUUUGUCAGUAUUCAUGGUGAAUCUUCAUCUAAAAGAUAAUGUUCGCGAUGGUUAUACUCCAAGUACUUCGCGAUCGCGUUUGGAAACUAAUUUAUAUAGAGAAUUUUUAAAUUCUGAUGGAGAUCCCACGAUGACAACCAUUCUAAUGAGGGCGAGAGAUAAUGGCUCUAUGCAUCGAAUGGAGUAUUUAGCUGAAGCGGUACAACAAAUGGUUUAUAUAUCUAAAAAUUUAUCAGUGGAGAAAGACGAUCACAUUGUAACUUAUGAUCAGUUCUGUGGACUCUAUUGUAAGGCAAACCAAGUAGUCUCAUACUUCUACUUAGCUCUUGUGGAAAAAAUGAAGAGUGAUUCUCCGAAUCUGGUUCUCACGUAUCCAAUAGCUCGACUGAAUGAAGUGAAGAUGCAUCUAGAACGUAACUUCUAUGGAGUGCGAACAGUUGAAAACUAUACAGUAACAAACAUUGAACAUAUUGAACUUGUUGCUAUGUCUUUCUUAGCAGAAGUUAAGACCAUCGCUGACAUGGACCGUUUGAAUGCUUGGGAAUUAGCUGUCUACGAAUACUGUACCCAGUACUCGUCGUCUCCUGAUAAUCAAAUGGAAAUGCUGGUUAUUGGGGCUGAAAUUGUUGACACCGAAAUGAACAAGGAUGGCCAGCGAAUGACUCCUUACUUUGCGACAGGAUUUGUUGCUAUGUUUGCUUUUGUAUUUGUAACAGUGUUCGUAUCAGCAGCCUAUUUUGAUAGGUUGACGUUUAAGAUACCAUUUGCUGCUUUCGCAUGCGCUCUCGUUCCGAUUCUCGCCAUCACCACAACUCUUGGAUUAUCGACAUUAAUAGGAAAUCGAACUAAUUCUCUAAUGCUAAUUAUGCCUUUCUUAAUAAUGGGAAUAGGUGUCAACGACUCUUUCCUCACUUUACAUUCAUGGCUUCGACAGCCUUUAACGUUCUCUCCUAAGGAGAGAAUAGCUCGUGUUCUCUUAGAAGUUGGACCUUCUAUAACAACGACAACACUAACAAACGUAGUUACUUUCAUGAUUGGAUGGUUCACUCCAACAGAAGAGAUUUCAAUCUUCUGUCUUGGAAGUGCUUUAGCCUUAGGAUUCGCUUAUAUUUAUACUCUUAUAAUAUAUUGUCCUAUAUUAUACUACUGCUCACAGCCCAAGGUUGAUGGAAUUGAAGGGAAAGAGAAAAACAGCUGUCGAAUCAAGACGAAACGUUUUUUGAAAUCAUUUGUCCAUUAUUACUGCCGACUUCUGGAGUACAGACCGUUUGUGAUUAUGCUUGUUAUAGGAUCUCUUUUCUAUUGGUAUUUCGGAAUAAUUGGUAGUAUUUCUAUGAGUGCCAAACUUGAUACCGGCAAGAUUCUUCCAAUGGAAUCACCUGUUCGCCGUCCAAACCGAUUCAUUGAGGGUGUAGUGUGGAAAGAGUACUAUCCAGUUACCAUCAUAGUCAAUAACCCUGUUGAUAUCGGAGACGAGAAACAGCUCAAUCGUGUCCUUAGUAUGGUUAAUGAUUUUGAAAAUAUUCCGACAUGUAAAGGAACAAACUUCACUACAUUCUGGCUACGAGACUAUCAAGAAUACUUUACGGAUACCGCCAACAACCUUUUUGAUUAUUAUGACGAUGAUGCCGAAAUGAAAGUCGAUAACCGCCCAUUUGGCUUCAGUAAGUUGAGUGCAUUCUUCAAACACAUUCUCUACAGCCAUAAUCUGGCUUUCGUCAAAUAUGACCCUGAAGCUAAAAUUCCUGUCCGAAAAUUUUCACUUCUUGUUGUCUAUGAAAACAGCACAUCUUGGGACAAUCGUAUCGAAUUAAUGCAAGAAUGGAGAAAAAUCGCUGAUAAUUAUAAAGACCUCAACGUAUCGGUAUGGAAUGUGAAUGCUAUGUUUGUAGAUCAGAUGCUCAGUCUGAAACAACUAACUUUCCAAACAUGCUUCUUAACAUUGGCAUGUAUGGUUGUUGUUUGCGCCGUGUUUAUACAGAACCCAAUAAGUGUCAUUAUGGCCACACUGUCAAUCGCUUCCAUUAGUUUAGGAGUUAUGGGAUAUUUAUCUUUCUGGCAUUUGGACUUGGAUCCAGUUUCUCUCUGUGCCAUCUUGAUUAGCAUAGGAAUGGCUGUUGAUUUUGUGGCUCAUACCGCCUAUCACUAUCAGUUGAGUUUCCGACAUGUAUGCAGAAAUGGAAUUGAUAUGGUAGUUCCAAUCAAUACCCCAUAUGAAAGAUUAACAAACUCAAUCACGAAUAUUGCUUGGCCAAUGUCACAAGCUGGAAUAUCCACUGUGAUAUGUAUCUUACCUUUAGUUCUUUUGAAAAAUUAUAUUCCAUUAGUGUUCGUGAAAACAAUUACAUUAGUUGUCAUUUGGGGUCUGUUCCACGGUCUAGUCCUACUGCCAUCGCUCCUUUCACAAAUUCCUGCUGAAUAUCUCACAUAUAAUUGUUAUCGAAGCAUGUUCACAUCAUCUUCAAACCUUAAGAAUAAUCAAGAAUUAGCUCCUUUGAGCAAAGCCUAA